AUGGAGAAAUUCAUGGUCAGUGCUGCCACUAGGGUGAUGAACUCCCUUCUGAGCAAGCUCGCGGCCCUGCUCGAGAAGGAAUACAAGCUACUGAAAGGUGUGAAGCGUGACAUAAUCUUCUUAAAAGAUGAGCUGACUAGCUUGAACUUGCUCCUGCUCAAGCUGGCAGACAUUGAAGAUUUGGAUGUGCAGGAUUGCAUUGACAUUUUCAUGCAUAGUGAUCGCCCCAAAGCCAGCCUUGUUCGCAAGACCGCAGACAAGACAAGGAAGUUAUGGCUGCGGCAUGAGAUCGGCAAACAGAUUCAGGAACUCAUAACCCGUGUCAUGGAGGAGAGCGCGCGGCGUUAUAGAUACAGGUUGGAUGACUCAACCUCGAGGCCUAGAGAAGUGGAAACUGACCACCCGCUGACGGCACUCUUUGUGGAGGCAAACAAGUUUGAGGGCAUUGACAGCCCAAUGGGGCAAAUGGAGCAGUGGCUGACAGGAAAAGGGAAAUCAAAUCAAGAGCUCAAAGUGGUAUCAAUAGUUGGUUUUGGAGGUUCCGGCAAAACUACUCUUGCACUCCAAGCGUACAAUAAACUCAGGGACAAUUUUGCUUGCGCAGCUUUUAUAUCCGUCUCGAGAAAUCCUAGGAUCCAAAAGGAUUUAAUGGACAUACUUAAAGAUGUGGGAGCCCACAUCAACACAACAGAUGACGAGGGGCGACUCGUCAACAAACUCAGAGGAUAUCUCACAAAAAAGAGGUAA